GGAGGAGAGACUUACAGUGGUUCUCAACCUUCUGGCCCUUUAAAUACAGUCCCUCACGUUGUGACCCAGCCCUAAAAUUAUUUUCGUUGCUACUCCAUAGCUGUAAUGUUGCUACUGUGAGGAAUCGUGUUGUAAAUAUCUGAUAUGCAGAAUGGUCUCAGGCGACCCCUGUGAAAGGGUCGUUGGACGGCCAAAGGGGUCGCGACCCACAGGUUGAGAACCGCUGACUUAGAGGGAGACAGAUUUAGAGGGGAGAAGGAAGAGGCACCCAGAAGGGUAGUGGACAAACACUGGCCUUGGGUGGGGAGGUGAGGGGACCUAGAAAGAGGCGGGAAAAGGAGAUCCAGGGAGGAGCAGAGACAUAGGAAUAUUAAAAUUCCAAUAACAGUGAUUUGGGGCAACUCAUUUAACUUUCUCUGUGCCUGACUUCCCUUAUCUACAAAGAGGGGGUGACCAUAGGCCUGGCACAUAGGAUAUUCUCCUGCGUUAUAUAAGUUAGUAAAAAUGCAUGGGACAGUGCUUCCCACAUAAGAAGUGCUCAAUAAAAAUUAGGCCCUGGCCAGUUUACCUCAGUGGUGAGAGCGUCCGCACAAGGGCCAAAGGGUGGCAGAUGCGAUUCUCGGUCAAGGGCACAUACCUGGGUGGCAGGUUCAAUCCCUAGGCCCCGGUUCGGGCGCAAGUGGGAGGCAACCAAUUGAUGUGUCUUUCUAGUAUCCAUGUUUUUCUCUCUCCCUUCCUCCCUCUCCCUCUCUCUAAAAAAAUCAGUGGAAAAAAAUAGCCUCAGGUGAGGAUUAAAAAAAAAAAAUUAGGCUCCACCCCUAUUGAUUGAUUGGCCCAGACAUGAUGAACUGGUUGGGGCAGUGAAAAAGUUGACCUCUUCUCCGUUUCUCCCUUUUCGGAAAGGCUCUGGGCUUCAAACCCAUCCAGCCUGGCCUCCUGUCGUCCGCCCUUGAUACUUCUACUUAUUCACUUCUCCUCCACAGCGCCCAAGGCCGGGCUGAACCAUGAGGCCUGACUCCUUACCGUACCACCCUCCCAUGGCCUCCCACGCAGGCCCAGCGUCCUGUUGAUAACACAGCAGAGGGCUGGCAGGCAAAUGGACAUCUCCCAGCAGAGGAGCGUGGACCAGACGCCAGAGCAGGAGCUGAGCUGGAGCUGGGGCCCCAGGCUUAGGACUGUCCAGGACAGGGCCGGAGCCAUGGCCCCGCCGCCGCUGUCACCCCUGGCCACCAGCACUCCACUCCUGCAUGGCGAGUUUGGCUCCUACCCAGCCCGAGGCCCACGCUUCGCCCUCACUCUCACACCACAGGCUCUGCACAUCCAGCGGCUGCGCCCAAAGCCUGAAGCCAGGCCCCGGGGCGGCUUGGUCCUGCUGGCCGAGGUCUCGGGCUGUUGCACCCUGCGCAGCCGCAGCCCCUCUGACCCGGCGGCCUACCUCUGCAUCUACACGUAUCCUCGGGGCCGGCGUGGGGGCCGGCGCAGGGCCACGCGUACCUUUGGGGCUGACGGGGCGGCCACCUAUGAGGAGAACCGGGCCGAGGUCCAGCGCUGGGCCACCGUCCUCACGUGUCUGCUCCGUGGACUGCAGCUGCCUGGGAACGGGGAAAUCACCUCCCAUCUUCUGCCAAGGCCACCCCGAUUGCUUCUAUUGGUCAAUCCCUUUGGUGGGAGGGGCCUGGCCUGGCAGUUGUGUAAGAACCACGUGCUGCCCAUGAUCUCCGAAGCUGGGCUGUCCUUCAACCUCAUCCAGACAGAACGACAGAACCAUGCUCGGGAGCUGGUCCAGGGACUGAGCCUGAGCGAGUGGGAUGGCAUCGUCACAGUGUCGGGAGAUGGGCUGCUGUAUGAGGUGCUGAAUGGACUCCUCGAUCGCCCUGACUGGGAAGAGGCCAUGAAGACUCCCGUGGGCAUCCUCCCCUGUGGCUCCGGCAACGCACUGGCUGGAGCCGUGAACCAGCAUGGGGGGUUUGAGCAGGCCCUGGGCAUUGACCUGCUGCUCAAUUGCUCUCUGCUGCUCUGCCGGGGUGGCUGCCGCCCGCUGGACCUCCUCUCUGUGACCCUGGCCUCGGGCUCCCGCUGUUUCUCCUUCCUGUCUGUGGCCUGGGGCUUCGUGUCAGACGUGGACAUCCAGAGUGAGCGCUUCAGGGCCUUGGGCAGUGCCCGCUUCACACUGGGCACGGUGCUGGGCCUUGCCGCACUGCACACCUACCGUGGACGCAUCUCCUACCUACCUGCCACCGUGGAGCCUGCCUCACCCGCCCCCGCCCAUGGCCUGCCCCGUGCCAAGUCAGAGCUGACCCUGGCCCCCGUCCCAGCUCGAACCGUGGCCCACUCACCCCUUCAUCGCUCUGUGUCUGACCUGCCCCUGUCACUGCCUCAGCCUGCCCUGACCUCCCCGGACUCACCGGAACCACUCCCCGUCCUGUCACUCAAUGGUGGAGGCCCAGAGCUGGCCAGGGACUGGGGCGGCGCUGGGGAUCCUCCACUGUCCCCAGACCCACUGCUGCCCUCGCCCCCUGGCUCCCCCAGAUCAGCUCUACUCUCACCCAUCACCGAGGGGGCACCCGAAAUGCCAGCAUCCUCUGGGCUACUGCCUCCCACCCCUGAUGGUGACCCGGUAGCCAUCUCUGCUGGAGGCCCACCAGACCACCUGCUUCCUCCCCUGGGCACCCCACUACCCCCAGGCUGGGUGACGCUGGAGGGGGACUUUGUGCUCAUGCUGGCCAUCUCCCCCAGCCACCUGGGGGCUGACCUCGUGGCCGUCCCCCACGCGCGCUUUGAUGAUGGCCUGGUGCACCUGUGCUGGGUGCGCGGCGGCAUCUCGCGGGCGGCGCUGCUGCGCCUUUUCCUGGCCAUGGAGCGCGGGAGCCACUUCAGCCUGGGCUGCCCGCAGCUGGGCUAUGCCGCAGCGCGUGCCUUUCGCCUCGAGCCGCUCACUCCUCGCGGGGUGCUCACGGUGGACGGGGAGCAGGUGGAGUACGGGCCCCUGCAGGCUCAGGUGCAUCCGGGCCUAGGUACGCUACUCACUGGGCCUCCAGGCCGCCCCGGGCGAGAGCCCUGAACCUCGAAACUUGGAGCCUGCUAAUGGGCGGGGCCUACAUUCCAAGGGGGCGGGGCCUUCGCUCGGGGCGGGGCCUGGCUGCUAGUUAGGUCGGAGGCCCCACGUGCAGGGGAGCCCCUGUCUCAGGACUGUGCCCGCCUCCCGGGGACCAGUGGUGAUGCUAGAGGGUGGCCCGAAUGCCGGGGGGUGAGGGCCAUUAGGGCCACAGGAAAGUGGGCCCGCCCGGGAGGGUAGUGCCUGGCCAAUGAGGGCGCAGCUCAGUCCAGACCCUCGCUUCCAGCUGCUGGAAGACCAGGUCUGCUGGGGGCGGAGCCUCUUGUACCGCGUCCGGGCUGGCCAGCCAGGGCCCGGUCUCGCCCUGUCCACUCCGGUGCCUCCAUUGAACUGGCCAGGAGGGGCAGGUUCCCCUGGGCCAACGCUCACAUUUGCACUAAGGUUCCGCCCCGUCCGCGCGGGCGGGAAGUUCAUUUCCCGUUUUCUGUCUCCUGUGCGUCUCCAGACCCCAAUCUUCAAAGCAAUUGAAAAGGUCUAUGCAAUAAAGGCAGUCGCUACAUUCCUCUUA